CCUACAUAGCAACAGCCUCAAGACUUCUUCCGGGCAGCUGGCCUCUGUGUAUCAGUGUACAGAGAUUCCCCCUCGUAUCAAGCCUCCGCUUCGGAUUUUGUUAGCCUACCACAUGCUCUUAUCGCAGCAAACAACUUGACAAUAAAGACUUAACCGGCAUUCGAGGAAUCAAGGUAACACAGAAUGAGACUUCUCCAUACAAUAUCCCUUAACCUGGUCGAAUUCAUCGAAGACAUCCCGCGAGCUCGAUACGCCAUUCUCUCACAUACUUGGGGAGAGGAUGAGGUAUCGUUCAGAGAUCUUACUUACGACAUCGAACGAAGUAAGAAAGGCUGGAGAAAGAUCACUAACGCUUGUGAAUAUGCUGCCUCCCGAGGGUGGGAGUAUAUAUGGAUUGACACAUGUUGCAUAGACAAGAGCGACCCUACGGAACUCAGCCUGGCAAUCAACUCAAUGUUCCGAUGGUACGAAGCAUCUGGAGUCUGUUAUGCGUACCUUUCGGACGUAAUGUCCCCCGCAACGGUCUCAAACCGAUCCCGCGUUUCAUGGUUCAGAGCGGACGAGUUCGAUGCUUUCUCCCGAAGCCGGUGGUUCAGACGCGGCUGGACAUUGCAGGAGCUCCUAGCACCAGAUGUACUUGAGUUUCUCUAUGAAGAUUGGACCCCUAUAGCCUCACGAGAAGACAUGGCUUCUGAGAUGCAAAAGGGUACAGGCAUAACGAGCGACCACCUGGCAAAUUUUCGCAUGUGCUCCUUGGCCACCAAGCUCUCUUGGGCUGCAAACCGAGAGACCACCCGUGUUGAGGACCGCUCGUAUAGCCUUCUUGGCCUGCUAGGAGUACACAUGCCGUUGAUAUAUGGCGAAGGGGAAAAUGCUUUUGUGAGGCUCCAGCACGAGCUGAUACGGAAAUAUAACGACGAGUCCAUUUUCGUCUGGGAUGGCGAGAUUGGGACUGAGAGAGGCGUACCCGUUGGGGAGUUGAGGUCAGGUUCCUGUCUGUUUCCCGUACUGACCUCCAAUCCCCAACGGGUAGCUGAUGAAUCACUUUCUCCAACUACUCUAAGGAUACGGUCCAAAAUCCUGCAAGUAAGCUAACCAUAUUUCCAGUAGACAACGAAAAUGCAAGCUUUCCAACGUCACUCACGCGGUCAGUCGUUGAACUUGAGGUAGACCCGUCUACGCAUACCUCUAUCCUCGCGCCUUCGCCGAGGAGCUUUAUGUCUGCAACACAGUUCGGCCUCCAAACCUACCGUCAUGACAAGACCCGAUUUCGCUUCGAGAUGACGAACUCAGGUCUCAGCAUUAACGCCGAAUUAUAUCGCAACGUACAGUUCUUCGCGUUUCCGGCUUACAUGAUCCCUCUGAACUGUUCUUACGUCCACCAAAAGGUCAAACCCGGCUUCCCAAGACGCGUCAGCAGUCCCAUGGUUCUCCUGCUCAGCGAAGCGUACCCCGAUGAAUCCGAGAUGUACGACUAUGUGGACGGGCUAACCAUCAGU